GCACCACAAAGAGAUCUGUUAGCAGACUAGCUGCAGCGUCCAAUCCGUCGAUGGCCGCAACAAGCACCUGCAGAGCCUGACGAAAAAGGCACUCAGUUAAUUUCUUGCGGUGUCCGCCAUGCCGCCCAAGGUGGAGAUGCGGAGAAAACCGGACCGGCUGAUGGUUGUAAACCGUCGAAACCGAAUGGAAAACGUGCGCUUAGAGCAACGAGUGAAGGUCCUGGAAAAAUCCACCACCAACAGCUCCCUGGAACUGACCAAAGACAUGAAACAGAUCGAGUCCGGGAUUAACGCCAUGAAGCAGACGACCGGAAGAAGCGCUGAGGGCCUCCCGCCAGAUAGCGCCCAGGAUAAGACACACACGAAGUCGGAUUACUUUCGUUUCGGACCGCGGAUCAGCGCGCGUCGCUUGCACAAAUGGCACACUAAAGAAAAAGAGUUGAGUAAGUUUCUACAGAGCACCAGCGUUGCCACAGAAAGCAUAGUGAAUGACAAAUCCGAGGCAACAAAAGAUACGAUAGAUGAAGAAGAAGAAAACGACGAGGAUGAUGAAGACAACCGUGCCCCGUCAGUGAUAAAUUCAGAGCCAGUGACUGUACGCAAUACUUAUUUAAAUCGACGCAAAAGUCUCAGUUGCACCGACGUUUUUCACGCGAUUCGCCCAAAUGUACAACUGUCUUCCUCGCCUCGUGAUCGCCCACCUUCAGCUAACAAUGUGUGCUCUAAAGAAGAAACGCACAGAGACAAAUUCUCCAUAUCGGAAUGGGAGAAAAAUGUAAUACAAAAUUACACAGCUGUGUUGACGAAACCCGUGAAAGUUAAAAGGACGUUCCGCAGACCCCUUAGCGCAUUUUUGCCAUCGGGUGAAUUUCGUCCCCAGUCGGCGUGGUCACGGUCACCAAGACGGCCCAAGUCCGCUCCGCCGACGUCUCAAACCGACGUGCAACAUAGGACGGGUAAAUCGUUAUGGGGGAUAGCCAAAAAUACAUUUUGCAAGGAAUGGACGGUGGGUGGUGAACCGCAGGUUUCAGAAAACAGCACAAACACUCCAAUUAUGUCAGACGACCCCAAGGUUCGCUUGGCCAACGUGCGUGCCCACUACAACGGGGUUUCUAAACGUUUCGCCAAGAAGAGUGCGGAGCGCGAGGAAAAACUUUGGAUUGAAAUACAGAGGAAAGAAUCUGGACUUUCGUGGUUUACUUCCCCGAAACCUGAAGGGAACGCUGUGUUACAGAACUAUUUUGCCAGAAAAUUUGCUCAGCAUUUAGCAUUUAGUGCAUUUUCGCAAACUACGCCGACGUCGGGCGGUUCAGCCACGGAGUCUGCGCAAACGUCAGGACAGAAUGUUAAAACGCCUUCUGCACAAAACACGACUGUGUUAACAAACGAGAAGACGCCAGAUGAAAACGAAGACAAUGACGCAACGAAAAAUGGAGGCGGUUUUCGUCUUCAGAGGCGCAUAACAAAACUUAUGAAGGACUGCGGUACAAAUGAAAGCGCUGAGAAGAAAACUAAACCCAUGGCUCUAUCAAAAUCGGCAAGAAAACGUGAACUGGAGCAAAUGGUGACGGAAAACACAAUGGACGUGAAACAGAUCGCUAAAAAGGAACAGUCGCGUAGAUUACAGUCGCGCGUGUCCAUGAUCAUGGAAAUGUUCCGUCUGAGCAAUGCUUUUGGUGGAGGAAAUAAGAAUAAAGAUGAUAUUGCCCCGUCAUCUACCUCGGAGAAAAAGACAGAUGAUAAUAGUUUGAACAAGGUUGCUGCCUUACAAGCAUCAAAUGCUAGCUCAUAGUAUAUACAUAUGUACCGGGGUAUGACGCAUUUCCAUUUACAUCUUACGGUCAAUUAAAACAUAACGGCAAAUAUUUGUGCAGACUUCGCAUUCAAUAAGGCAGGGAGAUUUCAAAUAUAUAUAAAGGUAUUGAUAUGUAAUCCAAUCCAGGUUCCC